AUGGAGCUCGAUGAUUUCUUGUCGGAUGUCUUGGAGACGGCUGGGCGCCCAGUGGACCUAAGGGACUAUAAACAAGGCAAACUUCUUCGAAGUUACAAAAGGCGCCGACGACAAUAUCGAAUCGGUAUUGACCUGAACUCAUUGGUGCACAAGGCAGCUAAGUUCUUUGGAGAUAUGAUAAUCGAUGAACGACCUGUCAGAGAAUACGGUACUCGUGGAGCGACACUUCGGAAGAACGCUGAGAACAUUAAUGAAUACCAGUACAUUACUCAAUGUGCUGAAUUUAUCAUGAAACGUCUGGAAAGGCUUCGAAAAGAUAGCGAUUGUGAAGUGCUGGUUGUUUUCAACGGCCAAAGUCUACCUAUUGAGACGAACAAAGCAAUUUGGCUCCGAGGCAUUCGGACUGUAUACGAGGGAGUCCGAAAAGACGCCAAUGUGCAACUAGGAGCCGAAAAGCACUUUGAUCAGAUUAUUCUUACUCUUGUCGAUAGACUGAAGGAAUCACAAUUUGUGUAUUUGAUUGCACCCUAUGAAGCUAGCAGUCAGCUAGCUUUCAUGUCAAGUAGGGGGCAUAUUGACCUGAUCAUUUCGGAAGAUCCCAAUUUAAUGGCAUACGGGGCAAAAGGUGUGGUUUACAACUAUAUCAGCGGUGAUGGAUUCCCAGAUGAAGGAAGAUUGUUGCAAUUUGAAGACAUAGGAACGGUGAAGGGGAAAUUCGACCUAUCAGAUUUCUCGCCAGUGAUGAUUGCGGUUCUCAUUGUUUCCAUCGGAUGUGCUGACUACUUCGAAAUAACGUUGGGGGGAAUUGGGUUAAGCACAGCGGUGAAUAUCGUUCGAGAAGCAUUUUUGGGGGGCUAUGCUUCUCCUCUGCAUACAAUACUGACUAAGCUGCAUGCGAAGUUUUGGAAGCGAGACUUGAACGACGAUGCGAAGGGGGUUUGCGAACAUCGUUUUAUUGAAGGGGUUUUCAUGUUUCAACAUCCAAUCGUUUUCGAUCGAGUGCAGGGGAAGGCGCUGAUUCAAGGACAAAAGGAGAUGGCAGCACAAUCCACAUUGACAAUGCAUGAGGGCUACGCGAAACUAUGCAGGGAUGAAGAAGAAAGAAGUCAAGCAAUAGGGAUAGUGCCGGAGACCGCAAUGAUGGCCAUCGCGGCAGCUACACCACUUCUUGCCCGGCAAACAAGAUAUUCUAGGAACGCGACUGCGCUCAGUGAUAUGAGCAACAACGGCACUGACCUCAGGAGCUCAGCAAGGUUUCAGGUUGGAUCAAACACUUCUUCUCCAGGAUACAGGCAAACUGAUGAAAAGGUCGAGUUGCUUAAGCACGAUAGUUCGACUGAGGACCAAAGUGCCGCAAGUGAUCCCAUAAUGGAUUUCAAAUCUGAUAGCAGCUCAUCGUGUCCAGAUGGUCAGAUCCAAGCGUUUGUGGCAAGCGUUCCAACUAGUUUCUUGAAUGGUGGAGUGAAACAAAAAGACGACUCGGCACCAAUGUCUGAUGGUACUGAGAUUGAAAUCGUAGCUAGAGUGGUUUUUGGAACGACAAACGAAGAGGUUGUGAAACUGACUUUCCUCACGAGCGACAGCGACAUGGACAGCAGCCAGUCUGAUUGGAGUCCGGCAAGAUAUCAGGUUGGAUCAAAGGCAUCUUCCCGAAGAGCGACCCAGGACCAAUCAGAUAGCACCGCAUUGCACGCAAAGGUUGAAAUUCAAACGUUGGUGGCAAGGGUUCCAGCUAGUCUCUUGACUACUGAAGUGAAACAAAAAGGCGAGACUGAAAUCAAAGUUCGAGUGGUUUUUGAAACAACGAACAAAGAAGCUACGAAAAUGGCUGUAGCCAGUGAUACGAGCGAUGACGAUUGCCCAAUCGCUCUUCGGAGAAUAUUCGAGAGUGAUUUCAAGGCACGAGACAGGACCUAUUCAGCCAAAUAUUUGAAACGUACGGCUGAAACCGUAUGGAGGAGAGCGCCCAAACACGUCAAACAGAGCCUUCCGUCAGAAGGAUGUGGGAACGAAGAACUUGUCAGAUGGAAAUUAAAAUAUUUCGGUGAACAAACCCCGAGGCCUGUUUUUGUUGGAAGUUGCCCUGAACUGCUUAUCGACAUGCUUCGAGGAGACGUUGUCCGCAAGACGAAAUUUUCGCAAAAAGAGCUUUCCCGUUGCAUCCACAAGAUCUGGAAAUGUAUUUCCGCCGAUGCCAAAGCCUGCCUGCCAAGGGAAGGGUUCCCUGAAUAUUUGUCAGAACUCAAGAAGUGGAAAGAGCUACAUGUGCCGGAUGCAGCAGAGAUGAUGGCUAUGCCCUUUAAGCCUUCUGUUCAGUAG